AUAUUUAGAUGUGAUCCAAUGAGUUAUCCACCAUUUCCGUAGCCGAGAGAAGAGAAAACAAAAGGGAAUGAUGGGGUUUGAUCGUAUGUUGACGGAGGUUGCGUUGUUUGCAGUUAUGUUAACACUUGCGUCAACUUCAGUCGCCGCUCAAUCAAAACCAGGGUGCCAAAGCCACUGCGGAAAUAUCAGCAUCCCAUACCCUUUUGGUACAGCCAACGGUUGCAACAUCAGCAGCGAUUUUUUCGUUCGUUGUGACACCACUUUGGAUCCCCCAAAACCAUUCUUAACGUUAGCACAACCCAGUAUGAUACUUCCUGGUGGUGAUGUCCUCGGGGGUGGUGAUGCUGAAGUUCAAGUUCUCCACAUCUCUCUCGAUGGUUAUGUGCGCAUUAGCUCUAGUGGGAACAUAGGUUCCGCCUGUUAUAGUUCAUCAGGACAUUCACCUUACACACAAUCCGUUUCAGGGUUCGCCGCCUACCUCUAUGAACUCGUCAUAUCUCAUACAAGAAACAAGCUCACGGCCAUUGGUUGCGACACUAUCAUCUACAUCAGCAGUUUCUUCCAAGGACCAUACUUUAACCCACAAAACUUUUCAACUGGAUGUUUAACGUUUUGUGGGGGCUUCGACGAUGUGAUAGGCGGGUCUUGCUCCGGUAUCGGUUGCUGCCAGACGGCUAUACCUAAAGGACUGAGGGGUUAUGAAUACAAUUUCGAUAGCCGUGAGAACCAUUCCAGUGUGCUGAGCUUCAAUCCUUGCAGCUAUGGAUUCGUAGUGGAAGAUGGAGCCUAUAACUUCUCUGUUUCAGAUCUUAAUGACACUAAUUUCAGCAAAAGAGAGUUCCCACUUAUUCUUGAUUGGACAAUCGGGCGCCAAAACUGCACAGAAGCUCAAAGGGAUCCACAAAAUUAUGCUUGCAAGGCACAUAGUGCUUGUAUUGAUCCAGAUAAUAAUGAUGGAUAUUUGUGCAAGUGUGUUGAUGGUUUUAAGGGUAACCCUUAUCUCGGCUGCCAAGAUAUUAAUGAAUGUGAGACACUGAAGCCUUGCACUAGUGUUGGAACAUGUCAUAACACACCUGGAAGCUAUAGUUGUUCAUGCCCUGAAGGCUUCGAGGGUGAUGGCUGGAAAAAUGGAACAGGUUGCACUCAAACCAAAUCGAGCCCUGACAGUCCCCUCAUUCUUGCUCUACUAGUUCUUGGCUCAAGUUUAGGGCUUUUGGUUCUAAUUGCUGGGGUUUGGAAGCUUUAUAAGGUACUGGAGAGAAGAAAGAACAUUAAACUCAAACAGAAACUCUUUGAAAGAAAUGGUGGGUUAUUGUUUCAGAAAAAGUUGUCUUCAAAUGAAGGUGGUCUUGAUAAAGCUAAACUCUUCAGUUCCAAGGAGCUUGAAGCAGCUACCGAUCAAUACAAUGAGAACAGAAUCUUGGGUCGUGGUGGCCAAGGCAUGGUUUAUAAAGGAAUGUUACCGGACGGGAGAAUUGUUGCAGUAAAGAAGUCCAUGACAGUAAACCAAGGGUUUCUCGAGCAAUUUAUCAAUGAGAUCGUUAUACUUUCUCAAAUCGAUCACAGGAAUGUUGUCAAACUAUUAGGCUGUUGCUUGGAGACUGAAGUACCCCUCCUUGUUUAUGAAUUCAUCCCCAAUGGAACCCUUUCUCAUUUCAUCCAUGACCAAAAUGAAGAGUACCCAAGGUCAUGGGAUAUACGAUUGCGCAUUGCAGCAGAAGUUGCGAGUGCGAUUUCUUACCUGCACUCAUCUGCAUCGGUCCCGAUUUAUCACCGAGAUAUCAAGUCGAGUAACAUACUUCUAGACGAAAAGUUUAGAGCAAAAGUAUCAGAUUUCGGAACUUCUAGAUCGGUAGGCUUUGAUCAAACUCACUUGACUACUCAGGUGCUAGGGACAUUUGGAUACUUGGAUCCUGAAUACUUCCAGUCUAGUCAGUUCACUGAAAAAAGUGAUGUGUAUAGUUUCGGAGUGGUUAUUGUCGAGCUAUUAACGGGACAGAAGGCUGUCUCAAAAUUAGGAUCGGAAGAAAUGAGAGGCUUAGUUUCGUACUUCAUGACGGCCAUGGAAGAAAAUCGUCUACCGGAUAUUGUUGAUGGUGAAAUUGUGAAAGAUGGUCUAAAGGAUGAAGUAGUUGCAGUUGCUCAACUCUCUAAAAGAUGCUUGAAUUUGGAUGGGAGACUUAGACCAACAAUGAAAGAAGUGGCCAUGGAACUAGAAAGACUUAGAACAUGGCAAGGUGACUGCAUCCCCAUCGAUCAACCAACACAAUCUGAUCUCGUUGUGAGAAAAUCCAAUGAGACCACUUCAUUCUCAACAGAAUAUUACACUUGCGGCAUUACAUCUACAUCACAAGCAGAUGUCCGUCCACUUAUGUUGGAUACAAUUUGAUUACAACAUCCCCAAGUUUCUACUCUGUUCCUACCUUAAUUUCCCCACGGAACACAUAGCUUUUUGCUAAAAAAAUAAUAGGGAAAACUAUACAGGUGGUCCUUUUGUUUCCGGU